AUGAUGCAAUCUUGUAAAGAGAGGAAGAGGAUGAUAAUAUGGAGAUUGUUUUUAAUCUUCUCCCUCUCUAACUCAACACUUGUUUUUGCUUCUCAUGCAAAGCACUUGUGUCUUCCAGAUCAGAAAGAUGCUCUUUGGGAAUUCAAGAGCGAGUUCUAUAUCCAAGGGUUCUAUGUCAAAGGGCUCCAUUCGGAUGUGGUGUAUGUAGACGAGAAGACAGAGAGGUGGAGGAACAACACUGAUUGCUGUUCUUGGGAUGGUGUCUCUUGUGAUCCUAAGACAGGCAUGGUCGUUGAGUUAAACCUCUUGGGCGGUUCUCUCAAUGGCCCUUUGAGAUCCAAUAGUAGUCUGUUUAGACUACAACAUCUUCAAAACCUGGAUCUUACCAUGAAUAAUAUUUAUGGUGUUCUACCAGAUUCCAUCGGCAACCUCAAACGUUUGAGUGUUUUAAAUCUUGCAAUUUACAAUCUUUAUGGAAAGAUUCCAUCUUCACUCGGAAAUCUUUCUCAUCUCACUGAUCUUGAUCUUUCUGCUAAUGGUUUCACCGGUGAGCUACCGGAUUCGAUGGGCCACCUAAACCGGCUGACAACGUUGCAACUUGACGGCAACAAGCUCAGCGGGAACUUCCCUCUUCCGCUACUCAAUUUGAGCUCACUCACAGAGAUCGACCUUGGUCCUAACCAGUUCCAAGGUAUGCUCCCUUCAAACAUGAGUAGCCUCUCCAAUCUGGAAGACUUUGAUAUAAGUGGAAAUUCAUUUCAUGGACCUGUUCCAUCAUCUCUCUUCAUGAUCCCUUCGUUGACCGACCUUCGCCUGGGAAGAAACCACUUGAGCGGUCCUCUUGAGAUUGGGAAUAUCUCUUCACCAUCCAUACUUGAAAGUUUAUCCCUUAAAGAAAACAAUUUCAGUGGGCCAAUCUCGAGAUCUAUAUCAAAACUAGUCGGGCUCACGUUUCUUGAUCUCUCUUUUUGGAACACAGCAAGGGGCAUGGUCGAUUUCAACAUCUUCCUUCAUCUCAAGUCACUUGAGAAACUUCAUCUCUCCCAUCUGAAUACAAGUAGCAUGGUCGACUUGAGUGUUUUCUCGCAUCUCAUGUUACUUACUGAGUUGGAUCUUUCAGGGAAUAAUCUGAAGAUCAGUUCAACUCUCCAUCUUCCCUCACCCAUAUGGACCUUGUCAUUAUCAUCUUGCAAUAUUUCCGAGUUUCCCAGGUUUCUACAAAACCUAACCAGAUUGGGGCGUUUAGACAUUUCUACCAAUCGAAUUAAAGGUCAAGUGCCAGAGUGGUUAUGGAGUCUGCCAGAGUUGUGGUACGUCAACAUUUCUCAGAAUUCUUUCAGUGGGUUUGAAGGUUCACCGGAUGAUAUGCUAACAAGUGACAACAACUUGGUACUUGAUAUAAGUUCCAACAUGUUCCAGGAUCUUCCUCUAUUACCAAAGUCGUUGUUGCACUUUUUCGGCUCCGAAAAUGGGAUUUCAGGAGAGAUUCCUACGGAAUUAUGCGGAUUGGUUCAUCUUCGUAUACUUGUUUUAUCAAACAACAACUUCAGCGGAUCCAUUCCUCGCUGUUUCAAUGCUACUCUUUGGGUGUUGCAUCUACAGAAUAACAGCCUCUCUGGUGUUUUUCCAGAGGAAUCUAUCAGUGUUAACUUGAUAUCACUUGAUGUUGGUCACAACAGGUUGUCAGGAGGACUCCCCAAAUCUUUGAGAAAUUGCACUCAACUGGAGUUUCUGAACGUGGAAGACAAUAACUUCAACGACACGUUUCCUUUUUGGGUGAGAUCGUUGCCUGAUUUGCAGAAUCUUGUCCUUGGUUCUAACAAGUUCCACGGGCCAAUAUCAUCUCCUGGAGAAUCUUUGAGGUUCCCCAGACUGCGGAUCUUUGACGUUUCAAAAAACCGCUUCAAUGGAGUCUUGCCAUCAAAUUACUUUACUGGUUGGAGUGCAAUGUCCUCGGUCGUAGACGUUCUAGAACCUGGCUCAUUAUACUAUCAUCAAUCGGUGGGCCUAGCGAACAAAGGAAUGAAUAUGGAGCUGGUUGGAAGUGGUUUCACCAUCUAUAAAAGCAUUGAUGUCUCCCAAAACCAAUUCCAAGGAGACAUCCCUAAUUCCAUAGGUUUACUCAAGGAACUGAUUGUGCUCAACAUGUCCAACAACGCUUUCACUGGCCGUAUUCCAUCAUCUCUGGCGAACUUGACCAAUCUCCAAUCACUAGAUCUAUCUAAUAACAGAUUAUCCGGCCAAAUUCCACCACAGCUCGGGAAACUCACGUUUCUAGAAUGGAUGAACUUCUCUUACAACAGGCUUGAAGGUCCAAUACCACAAGGCACUCAGAUUCAAAGCCAGAAUAGUUCUGCUUUCGCAGAGAACCCGGGGCUCUGUGGUGUUCCUCUCCAAGAAAUCUGCGGCAGAAAAGGAAAAGAAGAAGCAACAAAGCAAGAGGAAGAUGAAGAACAGGAAGAGGAAGAAGAAGAUGAAGCAUUUAGCUGGAUUGCUGCUGCAAUAGCCUACGUACCAGGUGUUUCUGUGGACUCACCAUCGGUCACAUUCUGGCUUCGUAUAAAGAUGGCUGGUUCUUGA